CUGCGACGGGAAUGGCGGCGCCGCGGAGCCUCCUCACCUCUCCCUGCGGCUGGUUCCUGCUCCUCUUCUUCUCCUGCGGAUCUACCACUCCAGGGAAGAGCAAAACCAGCCAGGACCGCUGCGGAUACAAGGUCCAGUCGGAUGGAGGUCGCAGGCUGGCCGUCACCUUCAGAUCUGACAACUGCUCUUCAAACUCCCCGCUAGGAAAACACGUGAUCCACGAGGCGGCCAACAUCUCCUUCAGCCACAUGGCCUGCGAGGACCAGGCCGCCGUGGUCGUCCACUGGGCCGCAAGUCCUCUAGGAAUCGAACACAUUAAAGGCUUUCGGGUCUAUCUGGAGGACAAAAAUCCAGAGGGGAAACAGUGUCAGCACCUCGUCCUUAAAGAUCCACGGCAGCUCAACUUCUCCUACAAAAACACGAAGAUGAGCAGCCAGCCGUUCAGCGGCCUGACCUUCGACACCGACUACAUGGUCCGCGUCGUUCCCUUCCCGUCUCUGAUGAACGAAAGUUUCUUCCCUCCAUCCUUCCUCAGGACCAACUCAUGUGAAAUCCUCCUCGGAUCAGACAACCUGGUCUGCAAACCAUUCUGGAAACCGAAGACCCUGAACGUGUCUCAGCUCGGGUCGAACCUUCACGUGGCGUUCGAUCAGGCUCCCGGCUCCUUCGGCUUCACCUUCUACUACCUGUACUACAAGCUCCGUCAGGACGGCCCCUUCAGGCUGCAGCGCUGCAAACAGGACGGGAACCAGGCCAGGACGACGUGCGUCCUCCAGAGUGUCACACCGGGGACCUACAUCAUCGAGCUGAGAGACGACAGCAACACAACCAGGAGGCAAACGCAGUACCACGUCAGCCAGGUCCACUCCCCCUGGGCGGGGCCAAUCCGAGCCAUGGCCAUCACGGUUCCUCUGGUCAUCAUGUCUGCUUUCGCCACCCUCUUCACCGUCAUGUGUCGCAAGAAGCAGCAAGAAAACAUCUACAGCCAACUGGAUGAGGAGAGCAGCGAGUCGUCCAAUCAGAGCGCCGCCCUGAACAGCGAUCGGCCGUGGCCCCGGCCCAAAGUCUUCAUCUGCUACUCCAACAGAGAUUGUCCCAAACACACCGGCGUCAUCCAGAGCUUCGCCUACUUCCUGCAGGACUUCUGCGGCUGUGAGGUUGUGUUGGACUUGUGGGAGCACCUGGAGAUGUGCAAAGAAGGACAGAUGUCGUGGCUCAGCCGACAGCUGGAUGAAGCUAAUCUCAUCAUCACCGUCUGCUCCAAAGGCCUACGAUACUACGUGGAGAGGAAGAGUCGCAGGGGGAAGACGCCGAUCAGUCGCCGUGGCAACGGCGGCAGCAGCAGCAGCUCCCCCACCAGCGUGUCGAGCGGCGACCUGUUCGUCGUGGCCGUGGCCAUGAUCGCGGAGAAGCUGCGUCUGGCCAAGCAGAGCGAGGAGGGCGGAGACCAGGAGCUGAGCCGCCACAUGGCGGUGUACUUCGACUAUUCCACGGAAAACGACAUCCCCACCAUGCUCAGCCUGGCGCCCAGGUACAAGAUGAUGGACCAGCUGCCCCAGCUCUACGGCCGGCUGCACCUGAGCCAGGCGGGGCUGGCGGAUCACGACCCGCACCCCGUCAACGUCUCCCGCAGGAACUACUUCCGCAGCAAGUCAGGCCGCUCGCUCUACGUCUCCAUCUGCAACAUGCACCAGUACGUCAGCCAGAACCCCGACUGGUUUGAGAAGCAGCUGGCCCCCGGCCGCGUCUCCUCUCCGUCCUCUCCGUCCCCGGGAGACCCGUCCAGAGCACCGCUCCUCCCCGCCGUCCCGGCCCCCGGCCCGUCCCCCAAGCCCGGCUGCUCCUCGCCGCGCCCCGCCGACUCCGGCCUGGUGCUGAACGAGGUGGUGGUGAGGCUGCCGUCGGCGGAGGGGGCCGAUGGGGCGCCCAGGAGGAACGUGGUCCUGCUGGGGCCCGGAUCCAGUCCCGGAUCAAGCCCUGGACCCUGUCCCAGUCCGGAUCUGUGUCCCAGUCCGGAUCUCUGUCCCAGUCCAGAUCUGUGUCCCAGUCCAGACCUCCCAUGCUGCUCCGUGUCGAUGCAGGAAUCCUCUCUAAGAUCCACGACUGGAACAUCUGGAGUUUCUCCUGAAGAAUCCGGCUCCUCCUCGUCCCUCUCGGCUCCCUCCGUCCUCCAGGACGAGUCGUGCCCCUCACCUGCCCAGGUGGAGGAGGACGCGCCCUCGGCGCCAGAACUGCCGCCGCCCCGGGACUCGGGCAUCUACGACUCGUCCGUCCCUUCCUCCGAGGUCUCCAUCCCUCUCAUGGAGGGACUGUCACACGACCAGGCCGACUCCUCCUCCCUGGCGGACAGCGAGUCGUCGUCCUCCGGCCUGGGUGACGAGGAGGUGCCGGCCGUCACGUCUCUCCGCUGCAGCGCCGUCACGGUCUGCAAAGCCGAGCUGCACCACCACCUGGAGCAGAGCGACACACUCGCCCGCGCCGCGUCCUUGUGAGGGACGAGAGCGCCGUGACCCGCCUCGCCAGCGGAGCACGCUGCUCCUUUUAAAAACCUGCGGUUGUCACGGCAACCAAACCAGGGUGAGGGGAAAUUCUGUGGUCCUCUGGUAACUAUGGUAACCACUAACUACAUUUUUAAAGGGACUGUGACUAAGGAAAAUUGAUGGCUGUGUAACCUGUGCUCAAACCACUUGAUUGCUUUGUAACCAUGGUAACCAAUAUUCCCGGUAACGAUAGUAACCACUGGAUUUUUUUGGGGGACCCUAGUCCCCCCCCCCCCUCGGUUUAUGUACGAUAACCAGCCUUGUUGCUGUGGCAACCACUGAGCCGCGGAGCGAUACGCCCCUGCCGUGACGGUGGUAACCGUGGCAACCAGAAACAGUUUUUCCUCCCAGCGAUGAAGGUGCUUCCGUCUCCUCCACGGAGGAACUUUUGAAGGACCGGACCAGCUGAAACCAAAGACCGGCUCACGUGAGAGGCGACGUUCGGCUCCCAGACGUGACGUCCAUUCAGGCACUUUUGAUGCAGAGAUGCAGAACAGAGAAUCACAAAUAUUUAUAUAAAUAUAUAUAUAUUUCUAUAUCUAGACGCUGCCCGGCUUUAGCAACCAAUAGGAUCAAAGCAGCCUGAGGUUUCUGAAUAUAUCGACCUUUACAUGGCAAUAUUAUUGGUAUUAUCAUCAACUUUUAGGAGUAAAACAAAUAAUUUGAACCGUCUGACUGCUCUUUUUUUCCUUUAACUGUUAUUUUACUGCAUAAAAAGGGAAAACAUUUGUAGUUUGAACCAUAUUGACGUGAGCGUUCUCCCAUCACACCUUUUAAUAUUUGACUUUAUUUAAAGAAUCGUUUUUUUGGCAACAAGAUUCUUCAACAUCUGACAAAACACAAAUAAAACUGUUAGUAAAUUUAAAAAAAAAAGCUACCUAAACCUAAUAGUGUGAUUGAAAAGUGACUUUUCUGUGAAUGGAAAUUUGGUUUCAGUUUUAUUUUUGUAGGAAUUUUAAUUUAAAGAUUCAGACGAUGAAGUUGAGAUGAAUUUGGCUGUUGAUGUUACAACUACAGUGUUUGUUUUGUGCUUUCCUUGUUUCGCUUUUUAAAGUAUUGAAUGUUAAUAGAUGCAUAUUUCUGGAUGUUUUGCAAUAAUCUUUUUUUAUUUUUCUAAUAUGACACAAACACAGAUGAGGCGUAAAAACAGGCGAUAAAGUGCGAGUUACUGAUCCUUUGGAUCCAUAUUUCAUUAUUAUCAAAAGACUCUUUGACAGUUAUUUAGUCUUUUAUGAUCAUUAACUACACUUACUUUGUUCUAAUUGUGUCAAAACUGUUUAUGGCCUUUUUUAAAGUCUGUUUUCUGACUUAAAAGUUGAAGUUUCUGCUGAAGGUUGAGCAGUUUUGUUUGUUCCAAGGGAAGAUUUAACGUUUCCUACCUGUAAAUAUUUGUAUUUCUGGCCUUUAAAUGUCUGGAUUGUUUCAGUUUUGUAUAGUUGGAUUGUCAUUUUAGAUAUUUUUUGUUGUUUUUUUCUAAGGAUUGUACUGUUUUAUAGUACUUCAGUUUAGGAAGCAAAUAAAUCC